UUUAUUUCCUUUUCAAACCUUCCUUUUUUCUUAAGCUUAACUCCCAAACACCUAAAUUUUAUUUUUUUUCCUCCAGAUUCCUAUUUUUUUUGUGGUUGGUAACGACGGCCAAACUUAGAGUACAGCAAAAGUUUUCAGACAUGAGAGAGCUUAGUAGUUACAGUUGUGUGUUGUUGUUAGUGGUGUUGGCAUUAAGCGCCGGAAGUUGUUACGGAUUCGGUACCUUCGGGUUUGAUAUCCAUCAUAGGUAUUCGGAUCCGGUUAAGCAAAUCCUGGCCGUUGAUGAGUUACCGGCGAAGGGAAGUCCGGAAUUUUACAGUGCUAUGGUUCACCGUGAUAAAAUAAUCAAGGGCCGUCGACUGGCGACGGCUAAUGAUCAGACGCCUGUUACGUUUCUCGACGGGAACGAAACUUAUCGAUUGGAUGACUUGGGAUUUUUGCAUUACGCGAAUGUAUCAAUAGGGACGCCUGCUGUGUCCUUUUUGGUGGCGCUAGACACCGGCAGCGAUCUAUUCUGGUUGCCAUGCGAUUGCUCCAAAUGCGUGCGAGGCCUCAAGACAUCCGAUAAUCAGAUGAUAGAAUUUAACAUCUAUAGCCUUAAUUCCUCCAAUACAAGCUCCAAAGUUCCCUGUAGCAGCGCCCUGUGUGAACAACAAAAACAAUGUUCUUCACCUCAAAGUAAUUGCCCUUAUGAAGUUCUCUAUCUCUCUAAUGGCACUUCUUCUACUGGGGUCUUGGUGGAGGAUGUCUUGCACUUAACUACAGAUGAAGAUAAAACCAAAGCCGUCGAAGCUAAGAUUACAUUCGGUUGUGGGCAGACUCAGACUGGAUCAUUCUUAAAUGGUGCUGCUCCUAAUGGUCUUUUCGGGCUUGGUAUGGACAAUGUCUCUGUUCCUAGCAUAUUAGCGAAUGAAAAUCUUGCUUCGAAUUCUUUUUCUAUGUGUUUUGGAGUUGAUGGGGUUGGAAGAAUCACUUUUGGUGAUAGGGGCAGCUCAGGUCAAGGAGAAACACCAUUUAAUCUCAGGCAAUCCCACCCCACUUACAAUGUCAGUAUCACUCAAGUAAAUGUUGGAGGAAAUACUGCAGAUCUUGAUUUCAAUGCAAUUUUUGACUCCGGUACCUCGUUUACAUACUUGAAUGACCCAGCUUAUACACUUAUUUCUGAGAAUUUCAACAAUUUUGCCACAGAGAAGCGGCAUACAUCUAAUUCUUCCGGCCUUCCCUUUGAAUAUUGUUAUGACCUAAGUGCAAAUCAAACCAGCUUUAAUUACCCUAUUGUGAAUCUGACAAUGAAAGGUGGAGACUAUUUUUUUGUUAAUGAUCCAAUAAUAGUGAUUUCCUUGCAGGGUGGAGAUGUAUACUGUUUAGGUAUUGUGAAAAGUGACAAUGUGAAUAUUAUUGGACAAAAUUUCAUGACCGGUUAUCGGAUAGUUUUUGAUCGUGAGAGGAUGGUGCUGGGCUGGAAAGCAUCCGACUGUUAUGAUAUAGAGGCCUCGAACACUUUACCAGUGAACCCACCAACUGCAGUCCCUCCAGCCAUUGCUGUGAAUCCUGAAGCCACAUCAGGGAAUGCUAAUAAUACAAACAUUUCAGGGGCGUCACCAUCCAUUACAAGUCCAUCACGCCACCUCAAAACAUUGUUUUACGCACUUACAUUUGCUCUCAUUCCAUUUUUUGCUUUGAUUUAAAUCAUUCUUUUACGUCAGAGCACCCCCACCUUAGCUUGUACCAUAGAUACUGUUUUAGGUUUACAGGAAAGGAAAGCAUUUUUAUACUUUACGUCAUAGCUACACCUACACGUGGUUGUAAAUAUGUUUUGAUUUUAAGAUACCAUUGAUAAUAAUAUUAUAGCAUUGCUUAUAUUUCUUAAGUUAUAAAA